AUGAUGACCCUACCCGACUACCCAGAAACUACAAAGUGGCUCGUCGACGACAAAUGCAUAUUAGCCAUUUCUCGGCUAGCAGAAGAGGGAAAUGAGAAAGACCAUGAUGAAGCGAACAGCGAUUUUGAGAGCCUUAAAAUUGCGUGCCCAGAUCCAGUCCCCUACAUUAUCUGGCUAAUGCAACUGGGACUGACCACUUGCGCCCGCUUUAUCAACUUCUUCCCCACCAUCGUCGAGGCACUGGGUCACGGCACUACAGAGACACUCCUGCUCUCCGCACUAGCGUACAUGUUCGCUGAAAUCCUGAGUCUUAUCAACUCGCUUCAUAGUGAUCAGCGCCGUGACACUGAAUGUCACAGCGCGGUAUAUCUCUACUUUCAUGAUGUCGAUCUAUGCGUCGUUUGGGUGCAUUCUCUCCUGGGUAUCUACUUCAUUAUCGCGUCCUCGCUCUAA